AAAACCAAUUUAAACAACUAAAAACUGAAAACUGAAAACUACAAACUACAAAAAACAAUAACAAUAACAAUAACAAUUGCAUUAAGUGGCGCAGCAAGGGCGAAGUGGUAUAAAAAACAACGAGCUCAAAUGCAGUUUGUGAAAUGUGUUUUAGUUAAGGCAAAUUCCACGCAGGAAUUCACGAAUACAAAAUGCGUUUAAGUGCAACGACAGCAGCAGCAACAACAACAACAACAACACGCAUUAAAACCCUAACGAAACAACAAGCGCUUCAGGCGACAACCACAACAACAGCAACAACAACAACAACAACCACGACGACAGCGACAACAACAACUAGUGCGACAACACGCCAAACUGAAUGUUUCAUUUGCAAUUUAAUACAAUUAUUUAUACUAACAACAAGCAUCGUUUGCACCGCUAGUGCCAUGGGCAGUGGUUUGCUGCAGGCCCAGGCGAUGGCCCUGACCCACGGCCAACCCGCUCGCCUUCGUUUGGAGGAGUUGCCCACAGACUACGAUUCUUCGAUGCUGGCUGCGGCUGCUGUCAGUGCGGAGGCAGCAAUAGUUGCUGCUGCUGCUGCUGCAGCUGCAGCUGCAACAAUGACAACACCUGGAUUUCAAUUAAGCACACACACACCCGCACCCGCACACACCCUGCAGCUGGCAACCACGUUACGUGCUGGCUACGAUUCCAAUGAAAUCGAUAAUUCCUAUGCCGCUGCGGGAGCAGCCGCAGCAGCUGCUGCCACUGUCGAGGCUGAUAUUGGCUUUGAUGCCGAUGCUGAUGACGUUGAAAAGUCGGCCGAGGAUUACGUCAUGGCCAUGGAACAGGGCCAGGAGUCGCAGGCGGAGACGGAGAUGGACACGGAGACGGAGACGGAGAUGGAACAGCGGCACUGGCACAAUACAACAAAUGAGAAACAAAAUGAGAGAGCAGAACCGAAAACGGCAACGGCAGCCACGCCGGCCGCAGCAUCCAUUGGCAGACAACUAAUGAAUGCAAAAACACAAGAUUUAUUGUCCUUAUCGCAGCUUAGUUCAUACCAAACAUCAACAGCCAAAGCCCCAGCUGCCGUUGGGGCUGCAGCGCAGCGCGAAAAGAACGCACCAAGCCAGAAGAAUGCCAUCAGCAUGGGUGGCGCCACAUCUGGUGGUGCCACAUUUCAGCAAAUUGGCUCACAGCGCGUCAAUGGAAACGCUCCAGCAACAGCCACGCCCACAGCAGCUACUAAUGCAGAGAGCCAACAGGUCGCUACAAAUGGCUCGUUGGUAGCCGCAACCCUAGCCACAGCGACCGGAACGAACAAGACCCAUGUGCGCACCUCGGCCAAGAAGGUCGAGAGCAAGUACAUAUUGCCCAAGCAGCAGAAAACCGAUGCACCAAUGCUCAACUAUAUCUUUGAUACUCACUCUGCAUCCAACAAACAUCAUCAUCACGAUCAGAGAUAUGGGCCCCAUUUCGAGGACGUGCAACGCGUCGGACAACCAACAAAUAUGACUGUUCAGGCGGGUAGCAGCAUUCAUUUAAAUUGCAGAAUUUCAUUGCUGCAAGAUAAGACUGUCUCCUGGGUGCGUCGCAGUGCGCAGAACGAGGAGAAUGCUCUGGACUUGCUAACUGUGGGCCUGAACGCCUACACCGGUGAUAAGCGCUAUAAAAUGGAAUUUCAAUAUCCCAACAAUUGGCGUCUGAAAAUCAUCAAUGUCAAAAAAGACGAUGAGGCGACAUAUGAAUGCCAGAUCUCAACACAUCCGCCCCGCGUUAUCCAAAUUAAUUUGCAUGUAAAUGCUCCGAAGGUGAUGAUUGUGGAUGAAUACGGAGAUCCAUUGCAGGAGAAAUACUAUGAAAUAGAUUCCACACUGCAGCUGUCCUGCGUGGUGCGAAAUGUGGCCAUGACCAGCUCCGUUGUAUAUUGGAAACAUAGCGAUAAUGUGCUCAACUAUGAUGUAACACGAGGUGGAGUUAGUGUUAAAACUGAACUGAUGGAAGAUGGGGCGAAUUCCACCUUAUCCAUCGCUAAGAUUCAUAAGGCCGACUCGGGCAAUUACACCUGUUCCAUUAGCGAAUAUCAAAAUUUUACCAUAGUGGUGCACGUACUAAAUGGCGAAAGUUUCGCUGAGCUGCAUCAUGGUGGUGCCGGUGGUGCACAUGCCAACUGGCAAUAUAUAAUUGGACUGUAUUUUCUACUGCUGCUGCGCUGGAUCGCCAGCACAACCGUGUUUACAUCCAGGUAAAGUUAACAAGGUCGCCUAACUAUACAGACAUAUAUAUGGUAUAUAUGUAUAUGUGUGUUAUAUAUAAAUAAAUGAAUGAAUAUGAUAUAGGCAUAAAUUGUUCACCUGGUAGUCUUCUUAUGUACAUUUUUGUUAAUUAAUUGUAAAGAUUUUUGUAUAGACAAACACAUAGCGAGAAGUUAUUAGAAAUAACUAAAAACUAAGUUUAAAUUAAAACGAAAUAAGUUCAAAUAAAUAAACUGAAUUGUUGUUAUAAGCAAGUAUACUAUAAGUGAAUGCCUAGUAAAAUGAUGAAGUGUAUUAUUCAUUUAUUCGUUUGAUAUUGGUUAGCAUCGAUUUGUACAUGUAAAAGCGCACAUAAAUUUAAUGUUACUAAAUAAGUCAGCGAUUUGCGUGUGGCGCAAAUGAUGCCAACGAAUUUCGAAGCCGCAUAUGAUAAAUUAAAAUACAAGAAAGACAACCAAAUCAAAUAAAUAAAUAAAAUACAGGAAUGUAAGAUAACAUGAUGAUGAAUGCAAAAGGAUUGAAUGCGGUCGGGGCAACUAUAAAUAGCGUACGUGCAUAUUGUAAGUCCCAAUACCCACACACAUACAUAGUACUAUUCAAAGGAUACCACAGCAUAAACAUGUGUAAUUUAAUGCUUACAAUAUCUAGGACAUAAGCCGUCAUAUGAUUAAUAAAUAUAAAAUUACCCAAUGA